AUGAAACGACACACCCCUACCCUCUAUACUCAUCCGGAGCACGACGCAGACGACGAACACGAAGGAAGCUGGUCCUCAGGUCGAGCUCAGCAAACCCCGCCUUCGUCUUUAAGCUCGGUCCACUCCAAGCGAACUAAAACACGCCAGAGGAGUGGUUUCUCUCCAGGACCAACAAGUUCUACUCCAUCCCAGGCUUCCUCUUCCACUCUUUCCCAACGACAUCCCAAUGUCUACAACCAGUUCGUCCGCAGAUAUCGGUCGGGGGCUGGGCUCGACGACGAUCCGCGCAAUGAUCCAGACAGCCAUUACUACCAGAGAGGGCUGGGACAACUCCAGGAUGCUGGAGACAGCGACGACGAGGACAUCAGAGGUAUGGUCGGCAGUAGCGAUACCGACCGGUUAUCCUCGCUUAUGCUCGAUGCUGAGCCAAUCGAGCCAGAAACGCUGGAAGACAAGGAGCGACUCGAAUGGCAAACCAUGCUCGCCUCUGUGCUUGCCGGGGAGGUGCUCAAGGCAGAGAAUACGCGCAUUGCAGUCGCGCUCAAGUCAUCCUCCGAAGAGGAGAACAACCUGCGCUUAGAUAUUUGGUUAGGCAUCCGUGCGCGACUGCAUGGAAGGACAGUAGAGGAAGAGCGCAGAAGGCUGGAUGAAAGAAGGCUGUGGACUGUGGACGCCGUCAUCAAGGAGAUUAUGGACUUCCGAGUCGGUGACAUGCCUGCAGAUUCCACCGAGUCUCCAGCGACACAUGCUCUCCGUCAAGUCAAUUCCGUCCUUCAUCGACUCGACGUUGCCCACUCACUGUAUCCGAGCUUACGAGCCUUCUGCUUGGACAACUCUGUCGCGUCCGAGCCGGUUUUCCAAUCUCGCUGCGAUACGCUCAAUACAUGGUCCACGGUUAUUACGUCCCUCCGUCAACUCAUCAAUCUUCUACGAAAGUGGACAGGUAGUGAGAAUCUCGACGUCACGAAACCCAGCGCGGGUUCCACUAUUCCUUACCCCCCGCAGAAUGCUCAAGGCGAAAACCUAAAUGGAACCACGUUUGUUGAUCGCUUGUUAAAGGAGGAGUCCAUCCAGAGACAGUUCGAGAAGGGAUCUAUGACUACCAUUCAUGCUCUUGUUGGUACUACUCGCGACGCUCACGUCAAUCUAGCGCCGAUGUUUAAAGAGAUGAAUCUCCCUUCGUUCGAGAAGGAGCUAGUCCCACUUGUCUCAUUCCUGACCAACCUCGCACAGGCGGUCUUACGCGUGCGCCUAGAUUACGCGCAGAGAUUGAAGAAUCCAGAUGUCCUCAUCAUUGACCAAAUGUUGGAGGAUUUGAAGGUGAAGAUAGGCUUUGCGUGCACGCUCAAGAGGCAGUACGAAGCAUUUUUGAUCCCUGAUCCCGGGGGCAAUUGGAAAUUGCCUCCGUGUAUUAGCGCAGAUUAUGACACUGUGAUUUUGGAUGCCUUGACGUUCUUUUUCAAGCUCAUACACUGGAAAUUGAAAAGUGGUCUGAAAGGAAUCUACUUCAAAGAGACUGAUGUUAUUGAAGCCCAAUGGGCUACCUUCAGCGACAUCAGUCUUACUGUGCCGGGUGGUGCAUCGCUCGUUGCAGAGCAACUAUGUGCACUAACCAAUAAAUUGAUGGUCCGAGUGACCAACUAUUUCGACACACAAAUACGCUUUCCCAUCAUAGGCGACGUUCAACAGCCUGGACCAACAGCUGAUCGCAAGACGAAUGGUAGCUACGGCACUGCUUUUCAAUCGCACAUGAAAGCAGUAUCGUCCGGGCAGGUCAUGUCCAACGAGCAGCGCACCAUUUGGUACUCUAAAAUCCUGGAUGGGGUGAAGCAGCGAUAUCGAAAACUUCAGCGAUUAGCACGUGUUCUCACGCACAGGUUCAGUAAUUCUGUGGAAUACGACCUGGAAGACGUGCCCAUGGAUAUCUUCGUAGGCCUCCUUGUGGAAAUGGAUCAUUUUCUGGUAUACACACAAACGUUUGAGGAGGAAGGCACGUAUAUUGUCGCUCCCCAUACACUUCGUGAUCGCCCAGAGGAUAUCCGGAGGAUUCUUUUGGAAGCUUUCCAUGUCAAUGAGACUGACGAGGCCUCCUGGUUGGUGGAAGGUGGGGAUCCUGACCCAAAUGAAGAGGAUGAGGAGCCUGUCUAUCUUCUGGUUCUCUCCCCGCGCACCCAUUUCCUAUGGAAUGGUCUUGUCCUCAUGCUCCAGAUCCCCAAACUUGAUCUCGAACUGAAGGACAAUCGGGUUCGCCUGAUUGCCGAUGGUCCUCAACACCGACUCGCCGUCGCCAAGCAGAGAAUCAACGACCUCUUUUCGCCCGUUGACGAAGAUGGCGAACCUCUCGAGCAGCUGCUUCCUCCCCUGACCUGUAUCGUGCAGCAACAGGCGCAUCUUCCCUCGGUCAACAGAGAGUUGCGCAAGAUUAGUCGCGCCACUAAUAAGCUGGCGGAGUCAAUUGUGGACUCAGUGCACUAUGUACGGAAUUCGUUGAAGGAGGCCACCGGAUAUCAAGAGUUAUUGGAGAACUGGUAUGGGUUUGCAUCUGAACAUGGUCAGCACGUUCAGAAGCACAUGGACCGCACAACGUUGCUCAAGUUCAAUCGUCUGUUGAUCAAAUUGGCCAUCUCCUGGGUAUCAUUCAUCUGUGACGACUGCGAUCCCAACGAUCGGAAGACUUUCAGAUGGGCGGUGACCGCACUCGAAUUCACACUGCAUCGGACAAAGCGGAACAAUAUACUUCAGCUGCCCGACGAUCAGUUCGAAAUGCUAAGGCAGAAGGUAGCCAGUUGCAUGACCUUGCUUAUAAGUCAUUUUGACAUUCUUGGGGCUCGCUCGACAAUUGAAGCAAAGAAAGAAAAAGAGCGCCAGGAGGAGCUACUUCGACAGCAAGCUGUCAGCGAAGAGACUGACAAGGAGGAGGACCUCCACGAUAUCCCUCCUGAGCAAGACGACACCGCCGUUGCUUACACAGAUCCUAUAAUCCGAAUGUUUUGGGAGAAGACUACUCGUGCCGGACGUGAAUUGGAGGAACAACGAGCUCGUGUGGGAAUCGAACAACACACGAUUGGUCGCGUCUUGGACGAAGAGAAGCUCGUGGAUCGUUCGCUUGUAUUCCUUGCCGGGUCUUCCUCGAAUAUCUCGAUCCGUUGGCAACAGGGUCGUUUCAUCGGUGCAGGCUCUUUCGGCUCCGUGUACCUGGCUGUGAACUUGGACUCCGGCUCAUUGAUGGCUGUCAAGGAAAUCAAGUUCCAAGAAGUGGCCGGUAUGCCGAAUUUGUAUUCACAGAUCAAGGACGAGUUGAACGUCAUGGAAAUGCUCCACCAUCCCAACGUCGUCGAUUAUUAUGGGAUCGAGGUGCAUCGCGACAAGGUGUUUAUCUUCGAGGAGUACUGUCAAGGAGGCAGUCUGGCAGCCCUACUUGAGCACGGUCGAAUCGAAGAUGAGGGUAUACUCCAAGUCUACACUAUGCAGAUGCUAGAGGGCUUGGCGUAUCUCCAUUCCAAGGGGGUCGUACAUCGCGACAUCAAACCAGACAACGUUCUUCUCGAUCAUAUGGGCGUCAUCAAGUUUGUUGAUUUCGGUGCCGCUAAGAUUCUGGCGAAGAACCAACGUUCAAUACAACGUUCCCGCCGAGUCUCGGAUGCAACAGCUCCUAGUGCCGGAGGGAGCGGCGCCAUGGGUGUACAGAACAGCCUUACGGGAACGCCAAUGUACAUGUCGCCCGAAGUCAUUAGGAAUAGCUCUCGUGGUAGACAGGGUGCGAUGGAUGUUUGGUCCUUGGGUUGUGUCGUGCUCGAAUGUGCGACUGGCCGAAAGCCAUGGAGCAAUCUAGACAACGAAUGGGCGAUCAUGUUCCACAUCGGCGUCGCAACACAGCAUCCUCCCUUGCCAGAGCCAGGUCAACUCAGUGAGACAGGUAUUGACUUUAUCCGUCAAUGCUUGACUAUUGAUCCUGUACACCGACCCACGGCCGAUGAACUUAUGGAUCAUCCUUGGAUGCUCGAGUUCCGUGUAGCAUUACAAAACUACGAAGAGGCCGAGCUUGCGACAAGCCCCCCGGUAGAAAUGCCUUCAGAGUCGACUUACGACGGAGCCUCUGUCGCUCGACAAGCAGCUAUUAUACAAGAAAAGCAGGUCGAGAGUAUAAUAUCAGCUUCUCCUAGCAUGUCGCCUGUAGAGACACCGAUCGGGUACUCAGGCAGUCAAUCUGAGUUGCUGAACUUUGAACAAGUUCCCGAUCAUCAACUGUGA